AUGAAUAAAGCGUGGUUGUUUGUUACUACAUGUUGCAGUAGACGUUUUCUCUAUUUAGAUUUGAUUCCCGAUUGUACAGCGGAAGCUUGCAUUUGUGGGCUUCGUCGUUUUUUAAGCCGCUUCGGCGCACCCUUUCAAUUUAUCAGCGAUAAUGGUUCAAAUUUUUCUGCUGAAGAAACUCAAAUCUUCUCAAGUUCAAGACGUAUACGAUGGUGUUUUAAUGUUCCUGCUGCUCCAUGGUGUCGAGGGGUAAUCGAAAGGAUGAUACGAACUACCAAGAGAGUACUUAAAAAGGUUCUAAAAACAUCAAGAGUUAUUUAUGAAGAAAUGCCAACAAUUUUGACUGAAAUUGAAGUUGUUGUAAACAACAGGCCGAUUACGUUUAUGUACGAAGUACCCGGCAACGAGCCUCUAACACCAAAUCAUCUCGUGUUUGGACAAAAAUUACGUUUAGAAUCUGUGAAAUCUUUUUAA